AUGACUGGACGUGAUUCUGCCAAUGAGUUAGUCGAGCUACAGCGAGAACUCAUAAUUGUGUUACAGGGAGUUCCAGCUGAACAUUGUGUCACGCGUUUGCCGUUGCAGGACCACCUGGAGAUGGACAUUAAGUUCUUGGGCGUGUCAUACAAUGCGACUAAGGAUACGUUUUCCAUUCAAACACAUGCAACCGAGACAGUAAAACAGCUUACAAAAAGACAACUCCUAGGUGAGGUAGCGAGUGUUUAUGACCCUUGUGGAUAG